AUGUCGGCACUCCCACCAAACCCACAGCGUACACCGUACAACGUUCUCAACCAGACUUUUUUGAUCGACAAUGCCUACGAGAUCACCAAGGAUCUCGGCCAAGGCGCUUACGGCUGCGUAGCAGCUGCCACGCACAAGGGCACCGGCGAGAGUGUUGCCAUUAAAAAGAUCACCAACGUCUUCACCAAGAAGAUUCUCACAAAACGCGCGCUACGAGAGAUCAAAUUGUUACGCCAUUUCCGUGGACACAAGAACAUCACUUGCCUCUACGAUAUGGAUAUCAUCGAUCCCGCUGGGUUUAACGAAGUCUACCUUUACGAAGAGCUGAUGGAAGCCGACUUGCAUGCCAUCAUUCGAUCGGGCCAGCCUUUGUCGGAUGCGCACUUUCAGUCGUUCAUCUACCAAACGCUCUGCGGCCUCAAAUACAUCCACUCUGCCUCGGUGUUGCAUCGAGACCUCAAGCCGGGCAACUUGCUCGUCAAUGCCGACUGCGAACUCAAGAUCUGCGACUUCGGCCUCGCACGCGGGUUCGAGACAGAUCCAGAACUGGCCAAGCAGGCCGGCGCCGGCUUCAUGACCGAAUACGUUGCGACGCGAUGGUACCGUGCACCAGAAAUCAUGCUCAGCUUCCAGAACUAUACCACCGCCAUCGACAUCUGGUCGGUCGGGUGCAUCCUCGCAGAAUUGCUGGGCGGACGUCCCAUCUUCAAAGGCCGAGACUACGUCGACCAGCUCAACCAGAUUCUGCACUACUUGGGCACACCGAGCGAAGAGACGCUGCGACGCGUGGGUUCGCCGCGUGCACAGGACUACAUCCGUUCUCUUCCUUUCCAACCGCGCAUCCCGUUCCAGCGACUCUAUCCGCAAGCCAACCCGUUGGCGUUGGACCUGCUGGAGCGGAUGCUCGAGUUCGACCCGGCCAAGCGCAUCUCGUGCGAAGAGGCGCUGCAGCAUCCGUACCUUGCGGUGUGGCACGAUCCCGCCGACGAACCCGUCUGCCCGCGCAAAUUUGAUUUUGGAUUCGAAAGCGUCGACCAGGUCGAGGGUAUGAAGACGCUCAUCUUGGAGGAGGUGCGCAGCUUCAGGACCGAGGUGCGACGCCAGGCGAGAAUGAUGCAGCAGCCCAAGAGGCAGGAGUCGCUGCCGAUUCCGAGUAGAGAGGACAUCCAGCGUAGCAGCCCAACGGACGCGGAUGGGCCUGGGUAUUCGGUGCUGGGUGCGAGUGCUGGGAUCAUUCAGGGGGCGACCAACUCGGAACAUGCGAGUGGCAUGUUGAACGACGCGUGUGUCAUGGAGGAUCCCGCAGAGAGCUUUGAGAGGGAGCUGACACAGGCUAGGUAG